AUGGAAAACAUGACGUUGCCCGACGACCAGCGUGAAACCGUUGCGAAGGACGUGUUCUGGUCCCAGGCACAGGCGCAGGCGAGGGAACAUGACGGCAUUCGGCAGGUCCUGGCUGCCCUCAACAGGCUCUGGAGGCCGGACGCGCACUCGCCAGCCGACCUCACCAAGAGCCUCAGCUUCUGCGAUCGCGCCUUCGUGGGGAACCCCACGUGCUCGAGCCUCAAAGGCCGAGAGUCGGUGGUCAUGGCCGGGGGCACCGGCGGAUCCCAGCGGUGGCUGAACCCCCACCUCCACCAGGCAUACGACGACAUCUUCCAGGGCCGCUGGGAAGACUGGGAUCCGUUCAAGGCCGGCCCGAGGAUGAGGGCGGCGGAGAACGCGGCGUGUUCUUGGGGAGAGGAUGAUACCCCGUCGCCCCCGGGAUCGAUCGGUGUCGGGGCGCCGCCGCAGCCUUUCCGACCGUUUCACGGCUUCCUGUCUUUCGGUCGUUGGGGCGAGGUCGGAAACGUUCACGUGGUGCCCAUGAUGCGAGUAGCCACGGCCUUCACGCUGCUGCGACCGUUCAUGCCGGAUGCACUCGAAGCGAAUGCCACGGAUGGGGACUGGCUGUGCGGGGCAGGGGACGGGCCGGAGCUCUCGCUGUCGCCAAAGUGGCAUCAGCCGCUCAUGGACGCUCUGGUGCGACUUCCGCCUCUCUCGCCGGGCGAUGCAGUGUUCUACCACACAGACAUCAUCCACUGCGAGGCCGGUGCAAUCAACCGCGAUGCCACGAGCACCCCCUCUUCUGAGAGCAGCGACCCGGCACGAGCAGCAUCAGGCGGGCGAGGCGACGAUGAUGGCAUCGGCCAGCUGCACAGCUCUAACUUCGCCGGAGUGCAGCUCUCCUCCCUGCCGAUCUGCGGAGCAAACUCGAGCUACGUCAAGGCGCAGCGCGAGGCGUUUGCCGCCGGGGGGAGACCUCCCGCGUUCACGGCUGCGGGCCCCCCGGGAGAGGCGGAGGUGGAGGAGGGGGCGUUCUUAGGCCGAGCGUCGAGAGAUCAGCUCACUCGGGGGGGAAGGCGCGCGAUGGGGAUGGGGCGCUUCAUGAAGGAGCACUACAACGCGGCUCUUGACGAACACCAUAACCUGCUGGACAUCCCGUACUCUUGGUGAUGACGUGCUUGGAUUCGAUCGUUGGCAACGUAAUGUGUACUGUUUUACACCCCGUUAUCGUAGCAGUAAAAAGGCGACAAGAACACCAUUUCAGAGAAGAAAAAGGUUUCAUAGAAGUAUGUAUUACUUGGGGAAGUAUAUGUGGUUUCGCAAGUCGGUGAAGGGAAUGGAAGUGUGUUUUAUCAGUUGUCGUUCUGGUGUUUCUACUGAUGUGCAUAGGGAAAGAGAGACACGCCGAUUGUGUGAGUUGUCAUGGCCGAGGCUUGGGUGUGCUUUUAGAACCGCCAGUAGCGACAGCAGCAGCAUCAGAAGUAACGCAGAUGCGAAUUCGUAACUACGCGGGCGAAGAUGAUCGGCGCAGACAGAGACAGAAGUGGUGCACGUGUCUAAAGCAUCGAUUUCAUUUGUCGUUGCGGAGAGCGUUGUUGUUGUAGUUCUCGUGCUUGGUAUGCUUGUAAAUCGCUGCGAUCUAGAUAGGGAGUCCAUCCAUUGCCACGGUGUGUGUGUCCAUCGGCCGCUGGGCCAAACAGCGGGCGGGUUGGGGCGGGGGAUUUAUGACGC